CUCGACGCCGCCGCAUUGCAGCCACCCAAACUGCGUAAAGUCGGCUGAAACGGGAGCCGGGGCCCGGGGACAGCGACUUACGCGAAUGCUCCUGGCGCGUCGCCCCAAUCAACUCCAUCAACGUAACCCACCGCCAGUCGUUGUCGUUGACAUCCCAAACUACUGUGUGCGCCGCAGCGUCUCUGUUGUGUUGCUGAUCGCACCACCACAACCCCACGGCCGCCGUGUCUUGGCCCUUUGAGCUGUCGUAUCGUCGUCCCGCUCGUCGAGGCCCUCUUGUUUGCUCGAGGCCCGUCCUACAGCCAUCGUCGCCGGUUAGCGGCCCUUGCGUGCGUUUCCGCUGCAGCCCGCUGCCCGCAUCUCGCAGCUACCCCCCCCUGAUACUCCAAGCGGUCGACCGCCGCGGCCGAUGAUAACGCCCUUCGUGUGACGUGCAAACCGCGCCCAACAUGUCGGCUCCGAACAGCAUCAAGGUCGUCGCCCGAUUCCGGCCCCAGAACAAGAUUGAGCUGGAGUCGGGCGGCAAGCCCAUUGUCUCCUUCGAUGGCGACGAUACAUGCACUGUUGACUCCAGGGAUGCUCAGGGCAGUUUCACCUUCGACCGAGUCUUUGAUAUGACCUGCAAGCAACAAGACAUCUUCGACUUCUCUAUCCGCCCCACCGUCGAUGAUAUUCUCAAUGGCUACAACGGUACCGUCUUCGCCUACGGCCAGACCGGUGCUGGUAAGUCGUACACCAUGAUGGGAACCAACAUCGAUGAAGACGAGGGCCGAGGUGUUAUUCCCCGCAUCGUCGAGCAGAUCUUCGCCAGCAUCAUGUCCAGCCCCGGCACCAUCGAGUACACCGUGCGAGUCAGCUACAUGGAAAUCUACAUGGAGAGGAUCCGCGAUCUGCUCGCCCCUCAAAAUGACAACCUGCCCGUGCAUGAGGAAAAGAACCGCGGUGUUUACGUCAAGGGCUUAUUGGAGAUUUACGUUUCAAGCGUCCAGGAGGUGUACGAGGUGAUGAAGAGGGGAGGAAACGCCCGAGCUGUCGCCGCCACCAACAUGAACCAAGAGUCCUCGCGAUCACAUUCGAUUUUCGUCAUCACAAUCACCCAGAAGAAUGUGGAGACCGGUUCGGCGAAGAGCGGCCAGCUGUUCCUGGUCGAUUUGGCGGGUAGCGAAAAGGUGGGGAAGACUGGCGCCAGCGGCCAGACCCUCGAGGAGGCCAAGAAGAUCAACAAGAGUUUGAGUGCCUUGGGAAUGGUCAUCAACGCCCUGACCGAUGGCAAAUCCUCACACAUUCCUUACCGAGAUUCCAAGUUAACCCGUAUUCUCCAAGAGUCGCUGGGUGGUAACAGCAGAACAACUCUCAUUGUCAACUGCUCCCCUAGCAGUUAUAACGAUGCUGAAACGCUGGGAACUUUGCGCUUUGGUACGAGAGCCAAGUCAAUCAAGAACAAGGCCAAGGUCAACGCUGAGCUUAGUCCCGCUGAACUCAAGUCGCUACUUAAGAAGGCCCAGGGACAAGUUACCAACUUUGAGAGCUAUAUUUCGAAUCUGGAAGGCGAAAUCCAGAUGUGGCGUGCGGGAGAGUCUGUUCCUCGGGACAGGUGGGCAGCGCCUCGAGUUGCUGAUGCUGUUGCUGGAGCCAAGGCGGAAUCACGAGCACCGCGACCUUCCACUCCCUCUCGAUUAACAGCAGAGAGUCGCUCUGAGACUCCUGCGAUAUCCGAGCGCUCUGGCACACCCAGUUUGCCCCUGGAUAAAGAUGAGAGGGAUGAGUUCCUGCGCCGAGAGAAUGAACUGCAGGACCAGAUUUCAGAAAAGGAGACCCAGGCUGCCGCCGUUGAGAAGCACCUCCGUGAAACUAAGGAGGAGUUGGCUUACCUAAAAGAACAUGAUAGCAAGGUUGGCAAAGAGAACGAGAAACUUACGACCGAGGUGAAUGAGUUCAAGAUGCAGCUGGAACGACUGACUUUCGAGAGCAAGGAAGCUCAGAUCACCAUGGAUGCUCUGAAGGAGGCCAACUCGGAACUCACAACAGAGCUUGACGACGUGAAGCAGCAGCUCCUCGAUGUCAAGAUGAGUGCCAAGGAAAACGGUGCCGCCCUCGACGAGAAGGAAAAGAAGAAGGCCGAGAAGAUGGCCAAGAUGAUGGCCGGAUUCGAUCUGGGUGGUGAUGUGUUCAGCGAGAAUGAGCGCUACAUUGCCGAGGCUAUUGAGAAGGUCGAUACCCUCCACGACAUGAGCGCCGUUGGUGACAACAUCGCACCGGAUGAGUUUAAGGCACUCCGCGCCCGACUGGUCGAGACCCAGGGGAUUGUCCGACAGGCCGAGCUGUCCAUGUACGGCACCUCUUCCAACGACUUGGAUAGCCGCCGGAGACAGGAGCUCGAGACUCGACUGGAGGCCGUGCAGCAAGAGUACGAGGAGGUGCUGGCCCGAAACCUUGGUCCCAGUGACAUAGAGGAAGUCAAGGCUAGACUGGAGAAUGCCUACUCUAACCGCGAGUCGGCGCAGAUUCAGCUUGUCGAUGAAUUGAAGGAGGACGCUGCCCAAAAGGCGGCAGAGAACUCAAGGAUGAAGACGCUGAUCGACGACCUGCAACAGCGGGUCAAGGCGGGAGCCACCGCACCCAUGGCCAACGGCAAGACCAUCCAGCAGCAGAUUGCUGAGUUCGACGUCAUGAAGAAGAGCCUCAUGCGAGAUUUGCAAAACCGAUGCGAGCGUGUCGUGGAGCUCGAGAUCUCCCUUGACGAGACUCGGGAGCAGUACAACAACGUCCUGCGGUCGUCCAACAACCGCGCACAGCAGAAGAAGAUGGCCUUCCUUGAGAGGAACCUGGAGCAGCUUACCCAAGUCCAGCGACAGCUGGUCGAGCAGAACUCGGCCCUCAAGAAGGAGGUUGCCAUCGCUGAGCGCAAGCUCAUUGCCAGAAACGAGCGUAUCCAGAGCCUGGAGAGCUUGCUGCAGGACAGCCAGGAGAAGAUGGCUGCCGCGAACCACAAAUUCGAGGUUCAGCUGGCAGCAGUCAAGGAGCGCCUCGAGCUCGCCAAGGCCGGCAGCACGCGUGGCCUCAACUCCCCCGGCGGCUUCAGCUUUGCCAGCGCGGGUAGCCGCAUCGCGAAGCCCCUCCGAGGUGGAGGUGGCGCCAACGAGGGUGCCCCCCCUACCAUCCCGACGAUCCAGAACCUCCACCAGAGUGAAGGAAACAGCAACAAGCGAGCCAGUUGGUUUUUCAACAAGUCAUAGACGGAAAGCCCCCCGCCCACCGCGGGCUUCGGCUUUGGGCGGCGUUGUGAGCAGGACCGGUAGACCCCGCAACAUACCCCAUACCCAUUCGAUGAGCUUCUACUUUUCCUUUGUGACUUUUUAACGAGGGCCAUAGAGAAUGGGGGUGGCAAACGAUGAUUGGAUUUAUGAUACGCCUUGAGACGGGAUGAGGGAUGGGUGGACCGAGUGUCUGAGCGUGAGAGACGGCUACCGAAGGGUGGUAGUUUUGCAUGGGCGGGAGUUUAUCACGACCACGCCACGGAUGAGUUAAAGACGCUG